GUUGCCUUCGUACCUAACCGUAUACAGACCACGAUUUCUACACGCCAAUGUUGCCUUCGUACCUAACCGUAUACAGACCACGAUCUGACAGACCACGAUUUCUCUCUCCCCCCCCUCUCCGAAUCAGCAAUUGGAACUGAUUGGAAGAGUACUUUACUAUGUAAAACCCUAGAGUGCUUCUACACGCCAAUGCUCUCCGAUUAGGUAUUACGGGUUUAUGGUGGCAAGUCUCGAAGUGUAUCUUUUUACGUGAGAGUUGAAUGAUGGAUGUUGGUAUCAAAUGCAAAGAAUUGGAGGAGAGGAGUGAGACGGACAGAGAGAGGCGCAUACUGCUGGAAUUGGAGAUUGACAGGAAGAGGAGUAAGUUUGAUUUGCUGGAGAGUAAGUUUCGUGAAUUGGAAGUCGAAAAGGCCGGGAUGCAAGACGACGUUAAGGAUUUGAAGAGAAGGAAUAUUGAACUCGAAGUGCGAAUUAAUCAGGUUGAAAAGGAAAAUGGGGUGGUUAGUGAAGAGGUUGCGGAGUUGAAGAUUGAGAACAACGUAUUGGAGUGUGAGAAGAAAACUGCUGAACAUGAGGCUGAGGUUUGGAAGUUGAAGUGUAAAGAAUUGGAGUCGCGGGUGUUGGAGCUUGAGAAAGAGAAUUUGGUCUUGAGAAGUGGGCAAAGUCAAUUGGCUGGAAUGCCGGAAAUGCAGACAACUAAAGCAAGCAACCUGAAAGAUGAAAUUUUCUCUGAACAUUUGGACACAGAAGACAGAAUGGUAAAUAGUUCCCCUGUCAAAGGCAUUGGAGAUUUGCACGCUGCAGGUACACCUUGUGUCGAUGUAUCAAGUAAGCAGUUCGCGCAUCCCAAUGCAAGAAAAAGAGGUUUAGUUUCCGAAACUGAAAAGAACCAUCAUGGCAGAGUGAGAAAACAGUUGGAAUUUGGUGAAGGAGGAAGUCUCAACAUGAAGAUGGCUCCAUCGACGCCUGCUGUUGCUGGACCUUCUUCUUUUGGCAUCAUUGAUAUCAGCGACAGCGAGGAUGAAGUAGCCACUAUAAGUGUUGAUGCGCCUUUUGAUGUAAAUAGAAUGAUGGCUCAUGUUUCUACUGAUUUUUCACCGGGGGAUACUAUGGGUGAUGGAAACAAGAAGACUUCUGAUAGUAACUUUAAGUGGACUCUUUCCUACCAGAGUGAUGAGGAAGUUAUGAAAGAUUACAAGGGGAGUUUCCCUUUCAUUUCAACUCCCAAAAGGAAAAGGGCUACCAACAUUGUCACUACUGAUAGUGACAGUGACAGUGAUGAUAAUAUUCCAAUUCGUAAGCUCAAGACAAAACAUCUCAAGGAAUCAAACCGUGAUUCUGUGGAUUCUCAUUUGAACACCUUUCCAGUGAAAGCAACUUUAUCUGAGGAGAAGGUCAGAGAAUCUACAACUCCUAGGCGGCGCUUAGUGGCAUUGAGAGAAUGCAGUGCAAAAAAUGAGCCAGAACAAAAGUCUCGCAGCAACUUCAGUACAGGUGGAGCUAAUUAUGAUUUUGGAAUCCCUACAAAUGGUUGUGUACAAAAUGAUGAAGUUGAAGAGGAUGAGUCGGAAUCAGACACUGAGGGUGAAAAUUUGGGUGGAUUCAUCGUAAAUAGCUCUGAUAUUUCUGAGAGUGAUGAUGGUUCUAAUGAAUCAGAAGAUUUAUCAGAUGACAAUGUGGACUUUAAUGAAGUUCUAUCUAAACUUGGAAGGGGCAGAGGCCAUAAAGUAGAAUGGGAGUUUGAGGCAGACAUGCUUGCAGCAUUUGGUAAGGAUCCUGAACUGUGCAUGAAGGCCGUCUGUGCUCUUUAUCGGAAGCAGACUGCUGAUGAAAAGAUUGGCAAGUUUACGUAUUAUUCCAAUCGGCAAGGGUUUAGCCACUGUGAUGCACUCAGGGGAAGUAUUUUGGCCGAGUUUCUUACUGAGGGAGAUCCAAAAGGUGAUGUGAAGAAAUCUGUGGAGGAGUUGCGGGAGUAUGAUCCCAAGGCACCAGAACUGUGCAGGACACUUGCGACUCACUACUCUAAGCAACUGUUUGCAAUAUACAAGAGCAAAGAAGAUCCUCUUUUUCUCCCAUCUUGACAUGGCCAGCCCUAGAUUCUAUGGCAAGAACAGUGGAAUUUGUAGAUAGCCUGACUUUUAGGUAAGUUAUAGAUUUUGAUGCUUUGCGAGGUAUGAUCAAAGCUGUAUAUUACAGAUAAUAUGUUAGUCCUGAUGAUGUUGCUUUUGGAAGGAGAUCAAAGUCACCAAACUACUUCCUUAGUUUAUAGCCAGACAGGAGACUGUCCGAAUACAUGCUAAUUCCAUCAUUUUGCAAAAUAUGCCCACUAUGAUCUUAAUCUAUACCAUUAAUAUUGCAUUGAU